AUGUUCACAGAGGGAACGUCAUGGUUUCCUUUCGGUAGCACAGUUACAGCUGAGAUAACGGAUUUCGUCAACUCUCGUGAUCCGUCCGGCAAGUCCGCGCUUCACGAGGCGUGCGCGCACGGGCACGCGGAAAUCGCCCGCCUGCUGCUCUCCCUGGGCGCCCUCCCCGCCGCGCGGAAGGCCAACGGCUUCACCCUGCUACUCUGCGCGGCUGCGGGGGGCCACGCGGAGUGCGCGAGGCUCCUGUUAGCACACAUUCGCGCGGGGGGGAGCGCGGAGGAAAUCGGCGCUGAAAGCGCGGAGAAAGCCGUGGAGGGAAGCGCGGGAGGCCGGCGCGCGAGCGCGUGGCGGGCAGCGGACAGGUGCGGGGAGAACGCGCUUCACCUGGCGGCUCGAGCAGGGGCAGAGGAAGUGGUGGCAAUUCUGGUGGAUGCUGCUGAGGGAGAAGACCAGGAUAUAGGUGGAGAGGGAAAUGGUAGAGAAGGAGAUGUGGGCAGUGCAGGCGCGUCUGCCUCUCCCGCAACAAUUUCCUCUUUGGUUUCUUCCCCCAUGACAGUUUCUGCAUCGGUUUCGUCUCCUAAAUGCUCUGCUGAUUCGCCCUUGGUGGACAGUGAGCGCCAAUCACAUCUGUUUGUGAAUGCGCGCACUCGCAAUGGCCGCACGCCCCUGCAUUCCGCCUGCCUGCAUGGCCACGUGGCGGUUUGUGAGUUGCUGCUGAUGCAUGGGGCCAAUCCUAAGGCGCGGGACUCCUCUGGUUCGGAGCCUCUCCAUGAAGCAGCUGCAGGGGGACACGUGGCAGUCAUUCAUUUGCUCGCUGGUGGCGCCACAGCACCAGCUGGCCAUGUGGAUGCCAUGCAUGCACUGUCUUUGCAUGGGGCUGACGUGGAUCUGUUGGAUAACUCUGGCACCACUCCUUUGUACUGGGCGGCGAGUAGAGGACAUGUGGCAGCUGUUGAAUGGCUGUUGGAUAAGCAAGAGCAGGAACACCAGAAGGGGGUGCAGGAGGGAACAGCAACAAGAGGAGGAGAUGAUAAUACGCGCAGCAAGGAUAGAGGAAGGAGCAAGCGUAGUGCACUCCAUGUUGCUGUGGGGCAAGCGGCAGCGAAGGCCUCUGCCGCGGUCGCUAACCCUGUUAUCGCACAGCAGGUGCAGGCUACGCUUAAUAACGAGGCGCCUACUAACGCGGCCAGCGAGCAACAGCAGACCCAACAGCAGCAGCAGCAGCAGGAGGCGGAGGCGCAGAACCAACAGCAAGCGCUGCGCCGCAGGCUGGGACCUACCGCGCUGAAGGCUUUCCCCGCGCCCGACGCGCUUCUUACCGCCUCUCCCAGCGGCGGAAAGAAGAAGGUCUCCGCGUUCCGCCAAGCCGCCAUCGCUCGCCACCUCCAAUCCGUCUCCGCGGUAGGCGCGGGCGGCUCGCCGAACAGUAACCAGGUUACCUUAUCCGCCAAUUCCGGCACGUUAAGCCCUGCGGUUUUAAGGGGGGAUUCCCCCUCAAAGACAGCGGUCGCUAAUCACCGUUUGGCCGCCGCCAUUGCCGCAGCUUCCCGCGGAGCAAGCGGAACUGGUUCCUCCCCAUCUCCCGCCCAGAUUGCGGCGGCGGCGAGCGCCGCGACGCGGCUAGCGAAGCGCCAUUCCGCCGAUCCGGAGCGUCCCAGCGCCGAGUCCGCCGGAGCGAACAGUGCGGGGAGCGCGGGGGGGAGCACCGGAGGAAGCGGAGGCAGUAACAGCGCGGGAAAGGGUGUGCCAUGGGAAUUGACGCGGUCGAAAACAGGCGACUCGGGUGGGUCAGCGCAUGGCGAAGAAGGCACACGCGAAGUGCCGGCGCGGAGUGCGGGGAUGGGAAUGGGGUUGGGGAUGGGGAUGGGGUUGGGAGUGGGGAUGGGGAUGGCGGAAGCCGAGGAGGGCGGAGCGGCGAUCGCGCGGCGGAAGACCGCGGAUCAUUUGCACACCAUGCGGAACGCGCGCGAAGCGGAGAGAAGAAUGCAAUCGCAGCUCUUCCCCUCGUCUCGCUCCACGAUGACUGGCGCAAUUACCGGCGGCGACAUGCCCGUUUCGCUGGAAGAGCUGUGCAGCGGCGGGAUUGAGGAACUAAGCGACACGGACGAGUUUGGUGCCAGCGACUCGGACGGAGAGGAUCUUAUCGAGGGGCUGAUUCUCCCGUUAGAAGGUCACGCGGCACCGGAGCAGGAUAUGCGAGGGAUGACUCGAACGAGAUCCCUCGGGAAUCUCGAAUCGGCUCUCGAAGCGGCUGUUGCGGCGGAUCUGGCCGUUGUACCAUUUGAUGCGACGAAGACAAGCAGCAGCGGCGGCGGCUCGGGGGAGCUGACUCGUACGGUGGGAGCGGGAGUGGCUAACGCGAGGGGAGGGCAGCACGAGUUUAACACGUUAAAGAGCGCGACGCGGAGAGCUUCGAUUGCUGGGAGCGCUGUAACGGCAGCUUCGACGGCAGUAGCGGCGCGAGGGAAGGGCUGGGGAGUCGGCCUGCUGCACGCGAGAGAGGCUCUAUGUGGGGCCUCUGUUGGUUCAGGUGGUGGCGACAGUGGUCGUCUCUCGUCCCUUUCUGCUUCCGCUUCGGGCGGUUCGGCUUUGGAACUUUACUCCCCGUAUCCGGCUGGUGGUAACCCUAACGAUAUCGCCACGGGCCUGGCUUCCUCUGGCGGCAGCGUUGGCACCGAUGUGUUCAAUGGUGGUUUGGAUCCGUACGGUAUAGCUGCCGUACCUCUUCCCGUGCCUACGCUCUCGCCUCGGCCAUCCAGCUCUGGCGGGGACAGGCCUGCUGGUGCUGGGAGGAGGGACGGCGGGAUGGGGGGAGGGGGAGUCGGAGGGCUGGAAGCGUCUGGGUUAGGCGCAGUGGGUGGCGCGCAGGUUGUUGUCAAGGCGGAAAGGGGUGCGGAUGGGAGGGCAAACGCGGGGAAAAUGGUGCUGAGGUGUCCUGUGACUGGAGCGGAAGUGAAUAUGGGCGAUGCGGAAAACAAGGGGCACAGCCACGGAUCCCCGCACAAGGGGCACAGCCACGGAUCCCCGCAUGCGGGCGGAAGUGGAAGCAUGAGCGGAAGCAGUGGGCGCAGCAGCGGGAGUCUCGGGGGAGUGAUUGGGGGUGCUGCAAAGGAGGGGAGGAGUGGGGAGGUGGGAGCGGAGAAACGAGGGGGCGUGGGGGGAGGAGGAGCGGAGUUGAUGGGGAAAGUGAUAGCAGCGGUGGUUGAAGCACACUCGCUUUUCUUCACUGAUGAGACUCCCAACGGCACCAAGAUAUGCGACCACCUUCUCGCCGCCAUUCUCGACAUCACUCAGUCCCCAAUGGCCAUCAUUGCCUCUGUGCUGCAUCGCCACGACGGGUCGCCGUACCUCACGAUCCACGCGGCCACCAACGUGGCAUGGACGCCAGAGCUGCACCAGUGGUGCCUCGCCAACUAUGCCAGCGGGCUGACCCACGCGGCCACCAACGUGGCAUGGACGCCAGAGCUGCACCAGUGGUGUCUUGCCAACUACGCCAGCGGGCUUGUAUUCACCAACAUGAACUCCCUCUUCGGAGCAUCCAUCGCCUCCCGCAAGCAUUACAUAUCCAACCAUCCGCUCUCCGACCCUUCUGCGCCUACCUCCCUUUAUGUUUCUUGCACCGAACUCGUGGGUGUGUGGAUGGUAGCGAACAAGGAGGGAGGCUAUAAAGAGGAUAUAGUGCAUGCAACAGAGGCGCUAUCAGCCACGCUGGGGCAAAUCCUGUUUGGAAUCAGCAAGAGGAAGCGAAGAAUGGAGGCAAAGAGCAAGCUCUAUGAGGGGCGUGUGCCGGCUGCUGGGGAAUCCCGUUUGGUGGUGGACGCCUUGGGAACAGUCAUAGCGUGCAACAGAGAGGCGAGCAAGCUUUUCUGCAUGCCCAUACUCGCACCGCCGCCAACAGCAGCACCAGCAGCACCAGCAACAGCACCACCAGCAGCAGCUGCGGCGGCAAUGGCAGCAGCAGCUGCUGCUGCUGACGAGGCUGUUUACCCCCCGGCAGAGCAGAUUGCGUUCCCUGAUCUGUUUUACAACAUCAACUGCAGAGAGGACUUCAUGUUGCUCGGAGUCGAUGCUCAUCUGGACAAGUCCUGCUGGUCCAUGGCACGCCAGCGCACUGGCAAGACCAUUCUUGCUCUCGUGCGCAUCACCAAGCAGAAUCUCCCCACGGGUGCUGCUUUCAUCUGCUCAGUGUGGGAGAUGAUUCCUCCCGAGUAUGCCAAGCUGCUCCGAGCAAACCAGUGA